UCUCUUUACUCCAGUGGGCGAGACUUUGGGAAGCAGGGCGUCUUCUGCGAUAGCGUAGGCCAGGGAGACUUGCUGCAAUACCUCGCCAUAGCCCGUUGAAUGUACAGCAGCCGCCGAGCGUCGGCAUCCUGAGUCAUUUCCACGGCGCCGCUGACACAUUCCUGAGCCGGACUGCUGCCUCGGUGCUCAGCUGAUCUGUCCGUUUCGCCUAUGGUUUUCUGCGUACAAAAUGGCGGUGUCGGCUACGGAACGGGACGAAAUUAAUUUGAAGAAUAUCGACGAUGAUCGUCUGAACAGUUCAUUCGGAAACCCCGGUCUAAUAUCUCCUGACAAAGAAGAUGCAAGACAGCUGGCUGUUCCUUUCAGUGGUCGCAUCAGAGGUGGGAUGAGACCGGGGAAGAAGAUCAUUGUGAUGGGGAUCGUAGAUCCCGAGCCGGAGAGCUUCGACAUCAGCCUGACGUGCGGCUGUGGCUCGGCGGAGAAGCCGCCCGUGGACGUGGCCCUGGAGCUCAGCGCGAGGUUCGACGACCGGCAGUUCCUCCGGAAGGCCUGCGUCUCCGGGGCCUGGGGCGAGCCGGAGAAGCCCAUCCCUUACUUCCCCUUCAUCGAGGACCAGCCUUUUCGGAUCGAGAUCCACUGCGAACACCAGCGCUUCCGGAUAUUCGUGGACGGACACCAGCUCUUUGACUUUUAUCACCGUGUGGUGUCCCUGGCCGCCAUCGACACGAUACAGAUAAAUGGGAGCCUACAGAUCACCAAGCUGGGCUGACCCGACCCGUUCCCGCUCUCCCCCGAGGAGAGGUUUCGCCCAGGUGAAGACUCGUACCUGUCCGUGGACACAUCGCCCAACACCGCAAUACAGCGGGCAGAACGAAACAUUCACCAUGACAUCACCCUCUCUCCGCCUACGCCCCCUUACCCACCCCCACCUGCCCCCACAUUCUCUCUUGUGCUACAAAGUCAAACUGCCUGACUUCCGAUUUUCAUAUCUCAUAUCUCAUAUCUGGGCACAUUGCCUCCCUCUAAGCUUGUGGCCAAGCUGUUGCAUUAUUAUUGCUAAGGCUUGGCUUGGCUUGGCUUGUCUUGGCCGUAAGAAAAACAUUUUUACAUUUUAGUCGGUUUGUUUUGUCAGGGACAACACAAUGUAACGUGUGCAAAUGCUGGCAGAGCACACUACCAGAAUAGUUCAAUUUCUGAAGAAAAUAUCGAAUAACGAAUGCAUUUUUUGUAUUAAUGAAAACACAUGCACAGUAAAAUGUCCAGUGUUAACUCAACUCUAACAGAACACCUAGGGGUCAAAUAGGGACGAUAUCUGUGCUGUAAGAGUUGAUUUAACACUGAUCAUUUUAACGUGUGGGUUCUCAGGAAUAAAAUAGAUAGUAUUUAUUUGUCUAAAUGUAUUUAAUAAUCGACGAGGAAGAAGACAACGGUAGACUAUUUAUGAAGAGUUAUAAGUCUGAAUCCGUUUAGGAUUGGAGGAUGUGUUCAGAUAAAAAUAAUCCUUCCUAAUUGUAUUCCAAAAUGAAGAACUGCGAUUUUUAAAUUCAGUUAAUUGAAGUUAAUUAAAGCUAAUAGGAUAUUGAAUCAACACUACAGUUAUAUUGUGAAGUCUCUUAUCAAUAUGUAGCCUACAUUUUAUGUUAAUGUUGUAGAGUAGAUAUUAAAUUAAUCAGUGGUGCAAAUCA